CCCCCCCCCCCCCAGGCCGCCAUGGCCGCCCCCCCGGCCGCGGUGCCCCCCCGCCCCGCCUGCGCCUACAGCAGCUGCUACUGUGAAGAGAACGUCUGGAAGCUGUGUGACUACAUCAGGAGCCAGGGGCAACCCCCCCUGGAGGAAUUCUACGCCGUGUUCGUAUCCAAUGAGAGGAGAAUGGUUCCACUCUGGAAGCAGAAAUCAGGGCACGGAGAUCAGCCUGUUGUCUGGGACUACCAUGUUAUUCUACUCCAUGUUUCCAGUGGGGAGCAGAACUUCAUUUAUGAUCUCGACACCGUAUUGCCAUUUCCAUGUCCUUUUGAGGUGUACAGUGUGGAGGCCUUUAGGUCUGAUGACAGCCUUCCUCCAGAAUUUCACAGGAAAAUCAGGAUGAUUCGAGCAGAUUUGUACUUGAAGACAUUUGCUUCAGACAGGUCUCAUAUGAAAGAUGCAAAUGGGAAAUGGCAGAAACCUCCUCCUUCAUACCCUUGCAUUGAAACUGCAGGGUGCACAAUGCUGUCAGUCAGUCUGGGAUUAACUGUUGUGGAACAAGCAUCUGCAUUAACUUGCAGCUGAAUCUGAAGUCCUGUUGUUCAGUGUGCAGUUCUGUCGAUGAGCACGCCUUGCAGGCCAACAUACAGGUUUAGAAAGCAUUGCUGUCAACAAGUAGAACUGGAAUUCUCUUUGAGAGACUGGUAAAGUACUGUCUCAGCACAGUUUUAUCAGGCAUAAAUGUGCCUUAUAUUAAACUUGAUGGAAAACUGGGUGGCAGAACUUUUGCUAUCAUACAGAAGCGUGGGGUAUUAAUGUUCAUGUCCAUGCCAAAUUCCAUUCCAGAUAACUGUUUUCUCCCUGCAGUUCCACUCAGAUAGAGUGUGCUGCUUUCAGUGUUACUUCAUGUUUGCUUAAGAUUAAAUUGCCUACAUAGAUCAUGUUAGAGGUGACUGCAAUUUAAUGGCUGACAGAAUUGACCACAUAUUGGUUUAGUAUCAUUUUAUUUGUGAGGCACAUUUACAUCACAGCCUUGGUAUUGUUACUGUUAUUAUUUUGCUGUCAUUUAGAAUAGCCACAUUCCCAAGCUUUUGAGUAAAAGUCUACAAAAGCAUACAAGGUUUUUAUAUUACUUCUCUUUGCUAUAUGUCUUCUUUGAUGUUAAACAAAUAUUUGAAGACUGAAAAACUAAAAUAAAAAUGGAUCAGUCUUUUUUUUGUCUGUGUGUGUGAACAUUGUGCUGUAAAAAAAAAAGCCCUCAUGAGCUCUUCGUAUUUAAAGAUAACCAGCACUGUGGUACUAUUGUGUGGAUACAAUUUGCUAGGUGUUACAUCAUAUUACACUGUUAUAUGGCAUACACUGCUCUUCUUAUCCCACUUACUUUUUAAGUUUUUAAGGUUUUAAUAAACUUGGACAGUAUUUGCUCUUGGUACUAAAAUAGUGCCUCUUCCAGAGCUGAGCAGCUGUUAAGCCUGCAUAUAUAGCACUUGGGAAAAGAAAAUUCCAUGGUAUCUAAGUCAGAUGUAAAGCUAGAUAAGACCAUUGGUAGGAUAAGGUAAUUACUUAAUGUGGAGUUAGGACAGGAUACUGGGGACCCAUUUAAUGACUAUGAAAUUCCAUUUGGAACUGAAUCAAGGAAUCUCUAUCAGUCACUAAUUGAACAUUUUUUCCUAUUACUAACACAAAAGGAAAAAUUCUUAAACUGUAUUUGGGCUGCUCAUGAGGUUGCACAGUAAACCUUCUAAAAUAAGCUUAUCCUGAGUCAUAAAUUCCAGUCCAUGCUUUAAAAAAAAUGAAGCUAGGUUACUUUUUUUUUUUUUAGAUGAACCUAAACUUUUUUUUAAAACAACAACAACAAACAACCCAAGACCAACUGAAGCAAAAUAAAUUCUCAAACUCAUAGAAUCAUAGACUGGUUUGGGUUGGAAGGGACCUUUAAAGAUCAUCUAAUUCCAACCCUCCUGCAUGGACAGGGACACCUCCCACUAGACCAGGUUUCUCAAAGUUCCAUCCAACCUGGCCUUGAACACUUCCAGGAAUCCAGGACGCAUCCACAACCUCCCUGGGCAGCCUGUUCCAGUCUUUCACCACCCUCAUAGUGAAGAAUUUCUUCCUAAUAUCUAAUCUAAAUCUACCCUGUGCUAGUUUAAGGCCAUUGCCCCUCACCCUAUCACUACACAUCCUUGUGAAAAGCCCCUCCCCAGCUUUCCUGUAGCCCCUUCAGGUACUGGAAAGCUUCUAUAAGGUCUCCCUGCAGCCUUCUCUCCAGGCUGAACAGCCCCAAAUCUCUCAGCCUGUCUUUGUAGCAGAGGUUCUCCAGCCCUCUGAUCAUCUUUGUGGCCCUCCUCUGGACUCAGUCCAAGAGCUCCAUGUCCUUGUGUUGGGGGCUCCAGCAAGCCCAGCCCGGGGUUUUCUUUUAAGUCUUCUCUCCACAAAUUAGUGAGGCCUGAUUCUGUUUAGUGUAUGAGUCUUGAUGAGCUCAGCUUUCCUUACAAACCUGUGUAAAAUACAGUUUGAACAGUGCAUUUCAAAAUUACUCAGAACAGAUGGUCUUGCAGCUUAUAUACAACUGUUGGCAUCAGCUCUAACACUGAAAAGCACUGGUUUGAAUUUCAGCCCUCCCUCAGUGCUUGAUGGCACACCGGCAGGGUUGAUUUGUAAAGGCUUUUUGUUCUUUUUAUUAAAAUCCCUGGCAGUCAUAAACGAUGGGGUUUUACUUGCAGGGUUUUUUUUGUUUUGAAGAGCAUGAGUAGGACAGCUGAGAAAUUCUGAAGGCACAGUGUGUAACACAGCUAUAUAACAGGUGUGCUGCUAGACAGAGGCCAGGCAGAUGUCUGCAGUUUCUGGUAAUCUCUUUGAGGUCAGGGUAGGAUCCUAGUGAAAACAAAAGCACUAAUAUGGAUAUAAGUAGCUCAUAUGCACUUUAUGGGAACUUUCUGCUUCUCUCAUUUGAAAAUAAAACACCAGUCUGUCAAGUUAGGUCCUUACUUCAUGAGCUUUUGUGGAAGUAAUGAAUCAAGUGGGGGACACAGCCAAUAAGAUACAUCUAAGGAUAGAAGUAGUUCAGCUCCACCAGUGUCUUAUUGAUAUCACACUGCUUUCUGUGAAAGACAGUUUCAGGUGACCAGUUUUCUUUUACACUAAGAUGAACUAGGAUGGUUUGCACAGGCAGUUAUGUCUUGGCUGUGGGAACAGCACCCUCUAUAGAAUCAUUGGAUUGUUUUGGUUGGAAAAGACCUUUAAGAUCAUCAAGUCCUACAGUUAACCUGCCAAGUCCACCACUAAACCAUGCACCACAUCUGCAUGUCUUUUAAAUACCUCUAGGGACACCCUAUUCUAGUGCCUGACAACCCUUUCAGUGAAGAAAUUUUCCCUAAUAUCCAACCUAAACCUCCCCUGGUGCAACUUCAGGCCA